CUCUCUCUCUCUCUCUCUCUCUCUCUCACUCUUUCACUCUAUCUUCUGGAGUUGUGCCGGCCGGCGGCGAUCUUAAAGCCUACAGGCCCUCCCUUUCUUUCUUCUCCUAUAGUACUUGGGAAGACGAUAGCCAAUAUCCAAUAAUCCUCCUCACCUCACCUCCUAUGAGCUGCUUCUAGUUUGCGUCCUCUCAUCCAUGACUACGGAGUGGACUACCUAGUUUAGGUUGCGGGCUGGGCUUUAGACCUAACCUCCUACAUAUAUAUAUUUCGGAGCUGAGCUGAGGACGCUAAUAAGCAAUUUGAAAACAUCAUAUCGGGCGGGGCGGAUGGGAAGUUGCGGAAGGAGCAGCGGAGUGAGGCAAUACGUGAGGUCAAAGGUGCCUCGUCUCAGAUGGACUCCCGAUCUCCAUAACUGUUUUCUUCAUGCCAUCAACGCUCUUGGAGGCCAACACAAGGCUACACCAAAGCUUGUUCUGCAGCUCAUGAAUGUUCCAGACCUCACCAUCUCUCAUGUCAAAAGCCAUCUUCAGAUGUACAGGAGCAUGAAGCCUGAUCUCAGCGACCAAGUAGAAGAGGAGAAAACCAAACAACCCUUUGUCGACGUCCGUACUGCAGCAGCCCAAGCCCAAGAUUACCAUCAUCAUCUAUCGUCUUCUUCUCCUUCAUCAUCAUCUUCUCUUGUGUUCCUUAACCCUUGUCCUCUUCCCUCCAAAAGAGGAGGACCAACAGAGGAGAGUACGAGUUGGACCAAGUCUGAGAAGCACAAGGUUGGGAAGGGGCGAGAAAAAAGAAGAAUAAUAAUGUGCGAGGGCGAAGAAGAAGGUUGUUGUUUGUUUUGUGGGCUCAAUAAGAAUGAGAAUCCCCCCUCCUACUUUUGCAAUGUGAAAGAUUCUACUGCUGCACAAUGUCCCAAUCAUAGCACCACCCUCACUUCUUCUUCUCUUACUCAUCAAGAGCUUGACUUUUUCAAGGUGGUUGAAGGUGGGGGAGAAGAAGAGAAAUGGAAGACAUCAAAGAAGCGCAAACGUGAAAGUGAGGAAGAGAAAGAUGAAGAAGAAGGGUGCAGAUUGUCUUUGUCUCUCUCAAUAUUGCCUCCUCCAUCCACGCAAACAAGUAACAAUAAUGCUUCUUCCACAAGUGAGAUUAGUGAGGCUGCUGCAAUCUCAUCAUGCUCUAACCCUAACCCUAACCCUAAUUUUGACUUCCUCCUCAACCCUCCUAUCCUCAAUCUUGAUUUGUCUUUAUGCACCCAAUGACUGAAUAUAUAUUUAUAUAUUCCAUUUCAACUUAUUGGUCAUUUGUAUCCACAUGCAUGCUGUCCAAUUUUAAAGCCGGGCCGCCGGGUAGUAUAGUAUACUAAAUUCAACAUAACUUUGUU